AGCAAAGUGAAACAAGAAAGAAGAAGAGGAAGAAGAUAAACAGCGUAAACGGAAAAGCAAAAGCAAAAUGACAAAAGAUAGAUUAGCAGCCCUCCAUGCCGCCCAAUCGGACGAUGAGGAAUCGGAAGAUGUGGCAGUCAAUGUGGAUGGACAUGACUCCUACAUGGAUGAUUUCUUCUCACAAGUGGAGGAGAUACGUGGCAUGAUCGACAAGGUGCAGGACAAUGUAGAGGAGGUGAAGAAGAAGCAUUCGGCCAUUCUGUCGGCCCCACAAACCGACGAGAAGACCAAACAGGAGCUCGAGGACCUGAUGGCCGACAUCAAGAAGAAUGCAAAUCGCGUCAGAGGCAAACUCAAGGGCAUCGAACAGAAUAUCGAACAGGAGGAGCAACAGAAUAAAUCAACGGCAGAUUUGCGUAUUCGCAAGACCCAACAUUCGACGCUCUCACGUAAAUUUGUGGAGGUCAUGACGGAAUACAAUCGCACCCAGACCGACUAUCGGGAGCGUUGCAAGGGGAGAAUACAGCGUCAGCUGGAGAUCACCGGUCGUCCCACCAACGACGAUGAGCUGGAGAAGAUGCUGGAGGAGGGCAACUCAUCGGUGUUCACCCAGGGCAUCAUUAUGGAGACGCAGCAGGCGAAACAGACGCUGGCGGAUAUCGAGGCACGGCAUCAGGACAUCAUGAAGCUGGAGACAUCCAUCAAGGAGCUGCACGACAUGUUCAUGGAUAUGGCCAUGCUGGUGGAGUCGCAGGGCGAGAUGAUAGAUCGCAUUGAGUACCAUGUGGAGCAUGCUAUGGACUAUGUGCAGACGGCAACUCAGGAUACCAAGAAGGCGCUCAAAUACCAAAGUAAAGCGCGACGAAAGAAGAUCAUGAUACUGAUAUGCCUCACUGUAUUGGGCAUCUUAGCGGCCUCAUAUGUUAGCAGUUAUUUCAUUAUCCAAGCAAGCAAAUAGAGCGGCAUGCAUAAUCCUGCAUACUAUAUCCAUGUAUUCUAUAACUGUAGAAACCAAUGCAAACAACAACAAAAAAACCAAACUACUACUAUUAUACGCAUAUAUUUAAUUGCCAUUUGUAAUGUGAGUUAUGUGAUGAAUGAUUUAGGUUAACACACGAAAAAAGAGAAAUGUUUUCGCUUUAAGUAGGAAAUAUAAAUUCAAUGCACCAGAG